AUGAAGAACUUCGUGUCGCGGCUCCUUUCUGCUGCGCUGCUUGCCACCGCCGUGACUGUGGCGACUGCGCAGGAUGUGACUGCUCCGCCCAAUGUUACUGCGGUGACGGAGGCGUCCGAGCAACUAGCGUUGGCCAACUGCGGCCCGCGCAUCCGGAAGCCCUGGGAACUGCUGCUCCCGCAGGAAAAGGACAUUUACUUGCGCGCAAUCGCGAGGGCCAUGGACGACGGCUACUACAUCAAGUUCGUGGAGAUCCACACGGAGCAGAUGACGACGAUCGAGGCCCACAACACGUGCAUGUUCGUCUACUGGCACCGGUUGCUGCUGUUGGGGUGGGAGAAUAUGCUACGCAGCUACGGAGGCGAGUUCUCCUGCAUCACAGUGCCCUACUGGAACUACGUGGACGACAACCAGCGCUACAUGAUGGGAGGAUGUGGCAGCAUGGAGGAGUGCUCGAUGCUCUUGCGUGACUUCGGAGGCUCCUUGAACGGGUACAGCCGCACGGUCGAGAUCAACGGGUCGCCUAUCAGUGGAACUUGUGUGGAGACGCCUCCUCUGAAUCACUUCUGUGAGGCCACGCACCUUCGUGGAGGGGCCUGUGCCCAGUGUGUGCCUCGUGGAAAUUGGUUGAGCACCGCUUUCCCUCCGACAACGACUGUGAGCUCGCUCGCUCGGCAGCUCUUCGCGACCCCGACAAUCGCUGGCGUCGUCAACAACUUGGAGCUGGGAAUCCACAACACCGUCCACAACGCGCUCUCUGGAGCCAUGGGCGUCUUGGAAGCGCCGGCCGACCCGAUUUUCUUCUCGCACCACGCCACGAUCGACUUGCUGCACUCCAUCUACUACAAGUGCGUCGUCGGCAACACUGUGCCGAUCCCGCUGGAGCAAAAGUUGGGUGACCCACGCGUGUACACGGAAUGCCCUCGUCAGCGACCGCUUCCGAUUAACGCGAUUGAUCGGAACGUCUUGCUACCGCAGUCGAGUGUUUUGCUGCGAACUGGUGAGCAAGGAGUAAACCCGUCGCCCGUGUUCUCGCGGUUCAACAUGCUGGCUCCGUUCUUCGCGGCGCUCCCGUCGGAGUACUUGAGCUUCUCGGACAUUCGCGAUAUCGGCGUGUUCAGCUACAACUACGAGAUGACUGGACUGCUGGCCGAGAUGUUCACGACUUGCCCCGGUGCCGGCUUAGGGCCACGCGUUGUGGGCGCUGGAGUGCCAUUCCGUCAUCUCGAAGCCGAGGCUAACACUACGGAGAGCAAGCACAAGUUUGUCGAAGCGGUGAUCGUGCCUACCAACAAGACAGAUGAUGUCUCUUGGUACAGAGAGGCACUUGCAGCGGCUUCGAACAGUUCUUCGGUUGAGUCGGCGUUGACUGAAGCCUCGCAAGAUUCUCUCGACGCGAUCAAGGACGUGGAGAAGAUGACGUGUAUGUUUUACGAAGAGUGUCGUGGCGGCGUCCAGGACCUCAGCGAUGCAUUCCGUCAGAGCUUCCACGCAAGCGGCUCGUCGCCAUGCCGCACCAUCGUUGACGACAUUAAAAAUGGUCGUGAUCACAUUCGGACUCCGAAUUGGCGCUCCAUCUUUCUCCGUCACAUGAAGUGCGAUCAUGCGUGA